UUGAUUGUAAAUGUAAUGAGAUGGAGAUUGUCUUUUCAAGACGCCAUCUUAAAUAAAGUGAAAUAGAUAAGUUUUGGAAGUGUAGAAUACAAAAAAAAUCUAAAGUAAUCAGCUUAAUCGUUAAUCUAACGAUCAUAGCAAUUUUUAAAUAUAAAGAACUUAGUGAAUCGGACCAAGUUGGUGGUCAGUAAGAGGGUGUUCUCCUGAUGGUGUGUACAUCGCAGCAUGUCUGCACUCUCAACGCCGAGCGGCGGAGGCAAUACGGCGCAGAGCAAGCCGACGUCCGGCAAGCAAAAGUAUCAGAAAUUGGACAUCAAUAGUCUGUAUUGCGCCAAUAGGAAUGAAAAUUCAGAACCUUCAUCAGUAAAAUCACAACUUAGCCGUAAACAUGGAAUGCAAAGUCUUGGUAAAGUACCUUCAGCUAGACGUCCACCUGCUAACUUACCUUCUCUGAAGACUGAAACUGGACAAGAUCAAACUUCUAACGUAAUCUCUAGUGUAACUGCCACUGUCACUACAGCAGCAACAUGCACCCCACAAACAACAAGCACAACAAUGAGUGGUGUGAUUGCGGGCAGCGCCUCAACAGGAUGGGUGCCCCUACCACCCCCAUCAUCACCACACUUUCGUACAGAGUUCCCCUCAUUAGAAGCUGCAGCACAACCUUCACUCCGCUCUUCAGAUCACUCAUCACCACAACUGCAACUCAGACCACAAACGGAAGGCAGUUGGACGUCCGGUGGUACAGCCGGCGCUCGGCCGGAAACUACGUCGUCAACCGGCACCGCGCCGCCCGCACAGCAGACACCCGUCUACCGCGCCAUUCUCCCGUCCUUCCUGAUGAAAGGUAGCAAUGGUAGUGGGCUUGGUUUGGGAACAUUGACCACACUUCGUGACAAUAGAAGCAGUAUGAGUGGAAAUACUGGCCCCAAUAGUGGCAAUGCUGGACCUAGACCAGCCCCAAGGUCGUCGAAUACGUCUCGAGCUGCAGAUGUUCUUACGGCGAGACCUAUCCUUCGUGAUGAUCAAAUAUCUUCACUUGACGACAUAUCGCGUGAUGCUGGAUGGGCACAAAACGAUGAUAUAGAUUAUGACCAAAAAUUGGACUUUUCUGAUGGUGAAUCACCUGCACCUACUAAAGCAAACACAAAGAAUAAUAACAAUAACAGAGGCACAGCUGAGGUUGACCGAAUGGAUUCAAAAGUUCAAGAUCCAGGGGAUGAGGAUCAACUGUGGGCAGAAAGGAGACAGAAAAAUAAUAAUGAAGUAGCACAAGCUGUUGCUAGAGCGCGUCAACUCAAAGAGGAAGAACAAAGGCGUCAAAUGCGAGAUACAUCUGCGCCGCAACAGUCUUUCAAGGAUUCACGAGACAGAGGAGGGGAGAGAAAAGAUCGUGAAAGGAAUGACAAUAGAGAACUUGACUCUCGAGAAAAGGAUAGAGUUGAUAAUAGAGACAUUGAUCACAGAGAAAAAGAUCGAAUCGAACGAGACAGGGAUUUAAGAGAUAAGGAACACUCUGAUAAUAGAGACCGCAACCGUGUAGACAGGCAACACUUUGACAACAGGGACAGAGAUCGAGACCGUGAUCGACAGGUGGACAAUAGAAAUAGAAAUGAAAAUUGGGAUCGUCAAGAUGAUAAAGAAAGAGAUAUGCGGGACAGAGAUAGAGAUCGUAAUGAUAAUAGAGAUCGCGCCGACAACCGCGAUAGAGAUCGCAAUGAUAACAGGGACCGUUGCGAUAAUCGUGACCGGAAUGAUAAUCGCGACCGGAAUGAUAAUCGCGAUCGGAAUGAUAAUCGCGAUCGCAACGAUAAUCGUGACCGCAGCGAUAAUCGCGACCGCGCAGAUAAUCGCGAACGUACAGAGAAUCGCGAACGUACAGAUAAUCGCGAACGUACAGAUAAUCGCGAACGUACAGAUAAUCGCGAACGUACAGAUAAUCGCGAACGCACUGACAACCGCGAACGCACUGAUAAUCGGGACCGUACGGACAAUCGCGACCGUAAUGAGCGUGAAAGAUUUGAUCGCGAAAGAGAUCGUAAUGAUCGUGACCGCGAAAGAGAUAGAAACGAUCGUGAUUUCCGUGAUCGAGAAAGGGAUUAUGGACGUGAGCGUGACCAAAACAAUCAAGGAUUUGCUAAAGUAUACCAAGGGAACAUUCCUCCCCGAUUCUUAAGGCAGCAACAAAAUAGGCAACAGGAGGAGCAAACUAAGGGUUGGGCAUUUACAGGAAAACCGGCCCCGCGGCGACAGGAGCCUCCAUCAUAUAAUGCUCCUAGACACAAUGGACGACGUUCAUAUUCUAGAGAUUACUCAGAUCGUGAAGAUGAGGUUAGGAGGGAUAAAGAUGGACCUCAAUGGAGGUCGGAAAUGCAAGAUUAUGAAAGAUCUGGUAGAGACUUUGACAGAUCGUCUUCAAAAGAUUAUAGUGAAUAUAAGGACAAACGUAAUGAGACUGAUCGAAAGACUUUUGAAAGUUCAGUAGAAAGUAGCAGGACAGCAGCUGAUAAAUUAACUGAAGUUUUCGAAAGAAAAAGUAUGGGUCUUAUUGAACCUUUUGCCGCACCAGAUUCGUCUGCACUGAUAAGAAACACCGAGAGGCGGAUAAGUCCGCCUUCAAAUACAUCACAGAGAGAAUCAGUUGAAAAAGAUUUUGGAAAAACAUCGUGGGCAGAGGCUUCUCAACACGAGACAAGUAAUAAUGAGCCCCUCAAAACUUCCAUAGAGAAUGUUACUCAGAACAUUGAAAAUGAACCUAUAGUUAAAGAAGCUAAAUUUACAACAGACUUGAAUGAAAAGUCACAAUCUGUUCCUUUAGUACACACUCCUCAAAUCCAAAAUGUUACACAAGAUUCGAAUUUAAUUUGUAAUACUUUUGAUAAGAAUAUUAUAACAACACAACAACCUACAUUAAAUAAUUAUGCUAAUGUUCCUAAUACACACCACUAUGUUUCUAAUCUGCAAACUAAUAAUACUAACUCUCAUUCUUCCCUUCAAAAAUCCUUUCCUGAGAAUCAUUCUUUUGCUAAGUCUGUUCAAUCACCUCCCCCUAAUAAUGAAGUUCUACCAAUUACACCUUUGCUAGAACAAAACCUUACAUCUGAAGUUAUAUCUCAACUAAAUGUUAAACAGAGUAUACCAAAUACUGAAAAACAACAUAAUUUGGAGACAGAAUCUACCAUAUUCAUUUGUAAUGCUGAUGCCACAUCUAGCAAGGCGGCUGAUGCUCGACCUGUUGAAUGUGUUCAAGGAGAUUCACAUAAAGUAUUAAGCAUGGAUGAUACAAAGAACGAAAUAAUCAGUAGUGAACAUAAUAAAGUUUUGGGCAAAGAUCCAGUUGAAAGAAAAUCUAGUGGAUCUGGAUCUGAAAAAAAGAGUAGGGGUUUUGGAACCAGUGGUUAUAAUGUGUUUAAUAGAGGAUGGGGGCAAAGAGAAACCAGAGGACGGCGUUCGCAUCGCGCUUCUCGGUCAAACAACAGAGCUAGUGAGUCUGAUGGAUCAACUGACGCUGAUCGUAAAGAACGUCGAAGGGCGCCUAGAAGCCCUCGAGGCCCAAAAAAACAAGAAAGGGCUGACGAACUUAUUACACAACCCUCAGAACAGGGACAUACACCAAGUAGCACCUCAGAUGGUAUGGAAAACAGAGAACCAUUUGCGCCCCGUGGACAACCUUCCCGUCGCGGAAGAGGUGGUUUUCAAGGUACUUCACGACCACCUGCCCCAGCUAAGAGAGUCACAGGAUAUGGCCCACCAAAUACUAAGAGUCCAUUCAGUCAAGCAAAUAGAGUUAAGGAUAACGAAAAUGUUAAUGAAAAUAUCCCUGAAGAUAAGAGCAACAAUAAACAACACGCAAAUGCAUCAGGUAAAGGUCGUGAUAGACGUUCGAAAGGGCACAGUGGAGAGGACGAAAAUUGGGAAACUACUUCUGAACAUUCCGAAGGCGGUACAGGAAUACGCCGCUCUGUUUCUGGUAGACAGCCUGGACAAUCGCAAAGAGGACCAAAUCGAAAUCAGAACUUAGGAAACAGACAAAAUAAUGGCCGAACUUCACACGGUGCACCUAAAAGUGAAGGCUUAGGAGACAAAGGUGCUGAUCUAACAGAAGCUUUUAAAGAUAUAAAAAUUUCUACGGUCAACAAAGAAGAAGAUACUAUUGAUGAUGGAUUUCAAGAAGUGCGCAAUAAAAAGACCUCUAAAGACAUACGGGGUGCUUCAGGCAAUGCAAAAGAAGAAAACCAUUCAAAACAACGAUCGCGAUCUAACCAAGGUAGUGGGAGAAAUGGAUCGUCCACCCGAAAUUCUGUUGACAAAUCAAAUACUCGUGGAUCAGCACCAGUAUCUACUAAAACUAACGCACAAUAUGAUAGACCACGCACAGCAAAUUUACCACCACGGUUCGUUAAACAAAGACAAAAGCAACAAAUGGGUUUAGCAUCAAAUAGUUUUGCACCAGAUACUGGUGCUGCUCCACCACCCCCUUCAGUUAAUGCUUGGGACAAGCCUAUUGCACAGUCUUUACGCGGAGCUGUUGAAGAGCCUGUAGAACGUAUUGUAGAUAUGAAGUCAAAUCAAUCAAGUCAAAGGAGUACUCCAGCCGAUACAACAGCAACAGAAGUAUGUAAGAAUAUAGCAGGACCAGCAGUAAAUGUUCCUGAAUCUACUGGUGUAUUGGAUGGUUCAACACCACCGGUAGAAACAAUUAUUUUUGAAAACACUAAUUAUAAAACUCCUCCUGCAGAAGCAUUAAAGUCAAAAUAUCAGCCAAGUGCAAAUUCCGUAAAAUCUCAUGAAGAAGUCUCAAGUGAGAUAGAUUCAAGAGCUCUUCAAUAUAAUGGCGACGUUCGGUCCCGACCACGAUCCAUUCAGGAAAUAAUUGAUUCAGGGAGGCCAGUUUCUGAGGCAGAAGGUACAUUAGGUAUUCCAAUGUCAUUUGAGACUUCGCAGAAAUCAGAAGACUCUUCAGAUAUGAAAUUGGAUUUCGCAUUUGACUCGGAUCUUGGACAGCUCACAGAAGACAAAUCUGCCAAAUCUCUUGGCUUGCCUCGCGGUGUGCAUAUGAGCACUUCAAAUACUAUUUCUCCAUUGGCAGCAGAUCUUAAUCAAAAAAUUGCCAGUGUGAAAAAAGUAUGGGAGAUGCCAGCAGUUGUGGAAGGUAGUGAGGAGUUACCGUUUGCUGGAUUUGAAGAAAACAAUACCGACACAGGAGCUCCACCAAAUGUUUGCAAAGUAAAGCCAACACAACAGCUUCAGUCACCGCCACCUCAACAUUACAACCAUGUUAGCUACCAAGGAGGUUAUGGUGGCUUGUCAGUUCCCUCUCCACCUGCCGUUUUGUUUAACUCCACUCAACAAAUACUGGGUUCGUCGCAACAACUGCAACAACAAGGUGGUUUAUACGGACCUUUCCUAGACCAGACCAGAGGCCAAUUCGGUGGGUUUCCUGCGACACCCUACGGCGCUGGGUCAGCAACCCCAUAUAACUACCAACCACCACCAGACAUGUUUCAGAGCCUUCCAAAUCAAUACCGAAUGGCAGCAGCGGGUGGUGGGGCAGCGUUUGGACAAUCAGGACAGGUGGGCAAUAGUCCCAGCACAGUUCUUAUAUCAAGUACGUCUAACUCUCUGAUGUCGGCGACUGUCAAGCCGUCCACGCAGCAGAUCGGUGCAAUCGGCAGCAAGGGCGGCGGGGUCGGCGUGGGCGUGUCCUCGUUCCAACAGUUCGUGGGCUACCCGGGCGGGGUGGGCGAGUCGUUCUCGGGCGGCCUGCUGCCGCGGCCCGCGCCCUCCUCCAGCCAGUACUACUCGCCCUACCAGCCGCUCCAGUUCCCGCAGCCGGCGCAAUCCAACGCCUUCGGCUCGCAGUUCCUCUCGUCGCAGCUCCAGAUGGCUGCAGCUGUCCAACAGAUGCAACAGCAACAGUACCGUGCGCCACCCUUGCAGCAACAGUUCGCGCCGCAGCCUCGUCCACCACCACAGCAGCAACUUAAAUCGCCGCUUCACGAGCACGCUAACGGGUUCGCGCCGCUCUGCGACUCCGCCUCGCCCACGCCCAAGGGAGCAGGAAAGCCAAAGGCUCCACACUCGCCGCCGCAGCAUAAGUACCACGCACCUCCGCCGCACCCGCCGCCCGCGCACACGCCGCACCAACACCAGCAGCAUCAACAUCACCAGCAACAACAACAACACCAGCAACAACAACACCAGCAACAACAACACCAGCAACAACAACAACAACACCAGCAACAGCACCAUCAGCAACAACAACACCAGCAACAGCACCAUCAACAACAGCACCAUCAGCAUCAACAGCAGCAACUAGUGGGCGGCACCAGCGCGCGGGCGGGCGGGGCUGCGGGCCGGCUGGGUCCGCCGCGGUACCCCGCGCCCAUCCAGCGGCCGCACGCGCCCGCGCCGCUGCUGUUCCGGCCCGUGCACGCGCACCCCGCACACCCCGCGCACCCCGCGCGCGCGCUCUACUACCACCAGCCGCGUAUUUGAACUAAGAACCACAUUUGGAUGUAUAGAUGGCGGUGGAGGCAACGAUCGCGUGAGCGACGCAGGCGAGACGCCCGGACACGUGGAUGAGGUGAUGGAGGCGCCCGCGAGUGACGUGUCCGCGCCCGCAGAAGUGAAGGCCGAGUGAUGUCACGCUCGAGCUUCACGCAUAAGUGACAUGAUUUACUGAUUGACCUUCCAAAAGUGCUCGGUUAAUCUGCAUACAACUAUAAUCGGAUACUAAAUAAUUGCAUUAAAGAAGCUGAACUUUGUGUGGAAUAUGACUUCGCAAAUGUAAAGUUGAAUGGUGAGCAAUUGGAAAUGGAUUGUAUUCCUAAAACGUCAUCGGUCCCUUGCGGCAGACCGUCCGGAUCCUGACAUGCACGCAACCGCUUCGAAGCGGCGCCGUGUCUAUAUUUCGGUUCUCGGUAUUAUAGGUCGUAAAUUAUGAAGUGAUUAUUAUUUAAGGACGAAAUUGGUGUCGCGACCGGACUGUUUGUAUGUAAAUAUCGGACGGACAUCCGGGUGUCUAUUUGACUGUUAUUAUUUAAGUAUAUGUAAUACACAAAGGUUGGCAGCUUUGCGUGCGCGCUAGCGACGCUGCCUCGGACAUCUCACUAGUAAAUAUGUAGCCACGGUUUUGCAUUACGAAUUACGAUGCAAUUAUAAUAAAUAAUAUGCAGGCGUGCGCACACAAGUGCGGCAAAUACACUGCCGAAGUUGUGCUUAAUCCGUCUCUGUACAAAAGUAACGCCACAGAUUCAGUUGAGUGUAAACGUUUACUUAACUGGCUGUAUACACUGCGACACACCGUAGAUGGAAGAUUAACACUAGAUUCGCUGUGAGCUUAUGUAAAUGAGAUAGCGAUAGUCUUUGACGUGUGUACACAACAGUACAACGUAAUAGACAACAACGUCUCAUAUUUAAAUAAUAAAUGAAUUCACACCAAAUCACUCAACUACGAAUUAAAUCAGAAUUUAUUAAAUAAAAAUUUAAAUUAAAUAGUAUUGCACUACGGCAGUAAUUGUUUGUUGAGAGCCGCUGAACUAGGUCCAAACAAAAAAAUUGCAUACGCAAAAAAGAUAGCAGAUAUUGUUGUGUAUCUCGAUUACUCUCAAUAGCAAUGUAAUUGUGUCUCUCACAUUAUUGUUGUUUUAGUGACGCAUCUAUUGUUCAUCUUCUAUCUGCGCGACACACGAACGGUUCUUUCCGAUCGUUGAAACUUCGAUCGUGUAUUUGCCACAGAUGCGGCGCUUACCUAAUAAUUAUUGGGAGCAAAAAUGACCCAGAGCGGCCAGUGCCAUCGCACCGGCGCGCUGUGAGCUCCAUGUAUCAUAAUCAAUUAUUAUAUGCGAAUAAAACUAUUAUGACAGA